GCCCACCGUCAUCUCAUAUCUUUCCCUCCUCCCCCCUUCCCCUCUUCUCUUCCCUCUUCCCACUCUCCUCUAUCUUCUCUCUCAACCCACCAUGUCCCUCGAAAAGGUCUCGGCAAACCGCGUCGCCAACGGCGUCCUGACAAAGUACAAGUUCCCGUCGUCCGCGCUGGGCCUCGAGACGAGCGUCAACGUCUACGUCCCGGACGGGGCGGAGGCGUCGCCCGUGCCCGUGCUGUUUUACCUUGCGGGCUUGACGUGUACCGAGGACACGGGGGCGCAGAAGGGCGGCAUGUUCAACUCUGCGGGCAAGCACCGCAUUGCGCUCGUGUUCCCCGACACGUCGCCGCGCGGAGCCGGGGUUGAGGGCGAGGACGACGACUGGCAGUUGGGGACUGGCGCUGGAUUCUACAUCAACGCCACCAACCCCAAGUGGAAGCACUACAACAUGUACGACUUGAUCGCCAAGGAGCUUCCCGAGGUGCUCGGCGCCGCGUCGCUCGGCCUCGACUUCUCGCGCUUCUCCAUCACGGGCCACAGCAUGGGCGGGCACGGCGCACUCACCAUCUACCUGAAGGACCCGGCACGCUUCCGGUCCUGCUCGGCCUUCGCGCCCAUCUGCAACCCCUCGCGCGUGCCGUGGGGCCAGGGCGCCUUCGGCGCGUACCUGCUCACGCGCACGCGCUCGUCCCCGCCCGCCGAGUGGCUGCCGCACGACGCGUCGCACCUCCUCGCGCAGUCAGACGCCGAGAAGCUCAACAUCCUCGUCGACGUCGGCACCGCCGACCAGUUCCUCACCGCCGGCCAGCUGACGCCCGAGGCGCUCGAGCAGGCGUAUGAGGAGCGGAAGAAGAAGGGACGCAGCGAUGACUUCGACCUCCGCCGCCAGGAGGGGUACGACCACUCGUACUACUUCAUCUCGACGUUUUCGCCAGAGCACGUCGACUUCCAUGCCAAGUACCUCAAUGCGUGACGCCAGACGAGUCGCAUGUAGCAAGUAGGCGCCGUGCGGCUCACACCGUACUAGAUGCAAGGCGUGAAGAGACGAGGUGCAGGGUGGAGAGGCGGUGAGGUAGAAAGCCCUAAUUGAGUCGGGUGAAAGCCGAACGUGC